UCAUCCAUAGCAGAAGUUUGAUUUACUUUAUGGUUUUGAACGGCGGUAUAAUAUUUAUUUAUCAACAUUUGGAGUGUCGCUGAAAAGUGAAUGGUCAAUAUUAAGGAAAGUGUUAAUGAGAAUGAAUAUCACUGUGUUGGCCGUGUUGGUGAUAUUUUCCGCCUUGGAAGUGUACGGUGCAGACGAUGACUUCAAUAUCGAUGUGAAGCAGAAAAAUGCCGAGGUUUAUCAUGAGCAAAGUGCAAAAAACAAUGAAUUCAAUUAUGGCUAUCAGGUGGAAAAAGAAAAUAGUCAAUUUCAACACAAAGUGAAAGGACCGGAUGAUGUCACGUACGGUUGUUACGGUUACAUUGAUCCGAAUAACGAGAAACACUUGGUAUAUUACGUAGCAGAUCGGUUAGGAUACAGAUUGGUUCCCCCGAAUCAACCAACGAAAAUUUUUACCGAAAGAGUUGCUAGCAGCAUAAAUAAAUUAAACAUUGAUUUAAAAGAUAAAAAAGUGAAUGAACAAGUGGUAGCAUGGAACGAUCUAUAUCUACCUGAUUCUUGUCGCAGAUUGGAUGAGAUACUGACCAUAACAACGCCUCCGACGCAGUCGGGUAAAAUCAACUCAACAGAUUCACUUAGUCUUUUCAAUCAGACAAAAAAUGUGCAUCUGUCGCCAAACACACCGAAUAUUGCUACAAUAGGACCAACUUCAAGAACAAUCCCACCGAAUAUGCAUAGCUCAUCUACAACAGAGUCAAAUAAAUUAACCAGAACAGAUUCUCGAACACUCACGUCGAGAACACAAGGCUUAUUUACAACUGAGUCAGUUAAAUUUGCAAAUGAUGUUCCUCCAACAACCACAGGAGAUAGAGAUAGUUAUCUUCACACGAAACCAUCCAUUGUCGCAUCAACAGCAGAUAACAAUUUCGAUCAAGGUGCAAAACACCCGAUAACUUCGAAAACAUCAACCCGGAUGGAUGGCCCGGAAGGCUACACAUAUGCAACGCCAAAAAAUCCUCUACCAGAUUGCCAACAGCAGAAUUCACCAGUUCUCGGUCAAUACAACGGAUUUGUUUAUCCAAUUCACGGCGAAUGCAGUACGUCGGAGUAUAAUGUUAAUCAAUUGAUGAUUCAAAUGGAAGCAGUCAACAAGCAAGUUUUGGAACUGACCGCAAACAUACGUGCCCUGCAGCAAAACAACUUGACCUCUUCGACGCCCGAAGAUUCCGCUUGCCGCCAGUGGCUCACCCGCCAACAGUUUCCAUUGCUGAUAUACGUUCCAAUCCUGCUUCCCUACCUUGGUGGCGAUUUCGACUCCGGUAGAAGUCAACAAAGCUUCAAAAACCCCGCGAGUUACGCGUUCCAGAAGAUGUGUGAAGAUUGCAUAAAUAAAUAAUUAUAACACUUGAUUUAGACCUUUGCGCACUGAUCUAUAGAUAUUUCAAGAGGCUUUUUUGUA